GUCGACGUCGAGCAGCAUUUUCCUAUGGCUUGGAAACGCUUAAGGAAAGAACUAUUCGACGACAAUCCCUACCUUGGUCGUCGUUGCAUCAAGCACACUUAUGCCGUCACAAUCGGUGGAGGAUGCAAUACGUCAAACGACUGGCGCUGUCAAAUGCUCCGAUUAAAAUUGGAUCGGCAGCUCAGUGUAAUCACUGGCAUCACCUUGGUUUUUCAGGCGGCUCCGACAGUGAAUGUCAAGGUUUAUGGUGCAGUGGACGCCAACGCUUGCGAACCCGGGAGUAACAAUGGAAAUUUGCCGAAGCAAUUCAUUUUCAUGCAUUAUAAGAAUCAGGCGACAAGGACAUGGAAUGGCUAUGUUGAGGUGAGCUGCAUUUUGCUUGUGUGGACAGGAAUUCCAAAUACACCGCUGAGGGUGAAGUUAAGACAUAGAUGAUAGGGGAUGUGAAGUGAGAAGCAACAAAAAGUUUUUGGAUAUUUAGACAGUGCUCACUGCUCGCUUCAUCAUUUCACGACAUACAUGUUCCGAUCUCAUCAUCAUUAAUAAAGAAACCCCAACAGGAGAAAUGAUCGGCCUCUAACGACACCGAUGCUGUAUCGCUCGCAGCAUAUCGUGGACAGACGAGCGGAUGGAGUCAAUAAGGGCGCUUGGUCGCUAGAUAGACUCGUCCGGGCUGGUCCAGAAUCGCGUGUCCUUUAUCCUACGAGUCAAGCG